AAAUUAUCUGCCACCAGACAGUAGACAGUAGCAGUACUAGCUCACUGCAAAAAGCGCUGAGGCCACACACCGGGAGAGAAAAGCACGACUUGUAGCCAUAAUUAAUAGGCCCGAAAAGACGACAAAAUGUCAUCAAAUAAGAAAGGGUCGUCACUACUCGUGACCGGAAAAUGGACAGGCGGAGGCGGUAGCAGUAGCAGCAAUGGAGACUUUUCCAAGCACAAGAAACAACUCUUACCAGUGACACCAGUAGAGGGCCGCUCUCCUGCUUCCAGGCCCGAUACAUCACCGGCAAAGCCGUCAGAUGCGGGUUUGCAAGCGAAAAAAUAUCGACCGUCCAGCGCGCCUCCCGCUGAUGAAAUGAUAGCGUCUUGCCGCAGGGCUAGCGAGUCGGGUUCUGUGCAUGAUGCUAUUUUAUCGGAUGUGACUUCUUCUGUUGAUAGAAUGAGCCGAAGCGUCCAACAUAUUUUUCGAACCACUCUCAUUCAUGCGCCUGUGCUCGCGGCUGUUGUCAUCUCAGAUGUGAAAAGCUCUUCUUCAUUUUUUCAAAUUUAGAUGACCCAGUCGUUGCAGUUUCGCUCCCACGUGCUUUGAUGGCUGAGAGUGCGCAACCCAAGAUAGACCACUGCUUGAUGGAUGACGCUGGCUUUUGUUCCAGCAGUGACGACGGCAGCCCAAAUGAAAGUGGUAGCGGAGGGACUGCUGCAAAGGAUCGAUUUAGCAAUAUGAGAGGAGACAGAGAAGCAGAGGAGGAAGUUGUGCGAUUGGGUGUUCCAAGGUAUGAGGACCUCGACGCCUUGCUCCUUUCACGAAGAGAUGACGAUGAGGCGUUCGGAUUCGAUGAGGCGGAUGGGCAACAAACAUCAAGCACCGGACUUGCGUCGAAAUCCAACAAAGGAAGUGCCGCAGGAGGUACUACAGCAUCCGCUCCUGCUUCUUCUUUUCCAUCUUCUUCUAGAAAUCGCCCUAGGUGUGGAAACGGACAGACUUCUGCGCAUAAGAAAAUCACAUCUUCGUCCUCUUCAAUAGAAUAUGAGAAUACAGACCCGUGGUCCUUCUCGACUCCGAUGAACAUCAAGAGCAGAGAAGACAACGGUGGACAAAAUGUCGUUGAGAAGUGGAACCACACUAGCAGGACCAACGCGACGACUCCCACAAGCAAGCCGUCGAGUCGCAAUGUUGGAAGUGGGGUCGAUCACGAGUUCGAUUCCGAGGAGGAUGAGCAAUCUCAUCGCGUGUGGGAGAAAGGAGGCGAUCCUUUUGAACUUGAAAGUGGAGCUUUCCAACAUCCACCUUCAGACCACUACGACACGAAGAAUGCUAGUCCUACAAGAAGGGUUGGGGUUGCGUGGUCAAGUAAAUCCAAAAGUCAGAAAAUUGAAAACACAAAAAGAGGGUUCCAACAACAUGGGUGCCCGCAAAGAACAUCAUCAACCUCUCCAGUAUCGAUUACAACAGACGCGUACAAUACUAGUACUAGAGGUAAAAAAAUGUAUCACGAAAACGACAAUACGAGGAGUGUAAAUCCGCACAAGAAAAAACACUUUCAUCAAGACGAGACAAGCAUCGAGAACAGAAAAUCCAGUAGAAGUUCGCAAGUUUCUACAUCGUCAUUGUGCACUAUGAGUGCGGUUCAACUUUUUUCAUCCUGACGAAAAAACUCUCAGGCUGGUUCUCUUCGAAUCCGUUCCUUAUGGGUUGCUGCAGUGUACCCGCUGCAUGCACGGGAACAUGCGAUACGGGUGCUGGCGGGAUCUUCUCUCCAACCUUAUACAACGUGUCGCCGAUGAAACCGAAUACGACCCGGGUGUCGCGGGCUCGCUAGUUUAAAGACUUUACACGAAAAUGUUUUUUGUUCAUUCAACAUUACAGAGGCAUCGACAUGACGAUAGAUUCACUUACAUCGAUGCCAAGUCAGCAUUCAAUGAGACGUUGUGUACUGGAGCUGUGCCGUCUUGAGAAUAUUCUACAGGUUGUUGCAUCCCGAAUCUGUUCUUACCGAUUUCGAUUUCUUAGAGAUCGCAUUACAAUUACUGCAUACUAGGUGGAUUCAUCUUUGUCAUGCUGUCCGUAUCGCGUCUUAGCAAGCAUGCAAUAUGCUGUAAAAGUGAAGGGUCAACAUCUCAAAAAUUCGUGCUCGCCUAUGUAUAGUGUAGCUUGAUUGUAAUAAUGUAUAGUUUUUGGUCUUGUAUAUGUAGGUUCCUGAUUGUUUCCAGUAUAUACUACGAAUGGCAACCUCGGGAGGUGUUGAAGAACAUGAAAUAUUCUGUUGUAGGACAUCAAUGCAUCCAGAACAGCGCGGGGCUUAUGUAGUAGAAAUAACAUUGGAGGUACUUAUAUUAGUCAUGAAACUCUGAAAUAAUAGAAAUAAUUGUAAUACUGUCGCGGAAAACCAAAACGAACAACAUCAAUGAGGUCAACUUUUUAUCGACGAAAGGAAGAUCAAGAUCAUUCUCAUAAUCAUUCUGAG